GGCACCGUGGGGCUGGUGAGAAUACAUGCCUCACUGCACAAAGUUUAAAAAGCUGCGGAUUAAUAAUUGCCUCACUUCGAUCCACGUGAAUUCUCUUCCCCAGUGCAGAUCUCACGGAAAGUGAAACUGAAACAUACAGACUCUCUCUGCCUGUAUGGAGAGAAGUAUGGAGAGCUGCAUCUUUCACUGGGGAAAUCUGGCUGGCAGGAACAGGGCAGCCAAGUCCAGCAAAGCCCAAACACUCAUCCAAGCCACCCCUUGGGAGCAACUUGACGACCACGAAGAAAUUAACCACAUCUGCUGCAGAAGUCCUCAUUUAAGUGUGUUUGUCCUGAAGAACGGCAGGGUUUAUACAUUGAACAGCCACCAUAAGAGAAGUCGGCCAGAGCUUGUUAGUGUGUUACAGGAAGACAAGAUUCACACAGUGGACAGUGGGGGUUUGAACAUCCUCUACGUUUCUGAAGCCGGAAAUGUCUAUUUUAGUAAACUUCAGAACAAUAAACGUAGGGGUACCGCUAAACCCCUUUACAUCACAAAGCCAAAGUUAUUCAGCGUCCUUGCAGAGAAGUGCGUUGUUCAAGUUGCCUGUGGAAAGAGUCACUCGCUGGCUCUCUGCAAAGAUGGUCAAGUCUUUGCGUGGGGCCAGAACUCCAAAGGCCAGCUGGGACUUGGGAAGUUUGUAGAGUCCACACAGAGUCCCCAGUGUGUGACAACAUUGGCAAGGAUUCCCUUGGCUCACAUUGCCGCUGGAAGAGUCCACACCAUGGUUGUGUCUCUCUCGGGAGCAGUGUUUGGAUGGGGAGGAAACUGCCACGGACAGCUGGGCCUGAACGAUCUGAAAGUUCGAUAUCAACCCACUCAUGUGGAGAUGCUGCAGUUUAAGCGAGUCAUCUAUGUGUCCUGUGGGGCCCACCACACGGCUGUGCUGAAUAAGGAUGGACUUGUUUUCACCUUUGGAGCUGGGAAUUAUGGGCAACUUGGGCACAACUCAACAACAAACGAGCUGGAACCUGGCCUGCUUAAUGUUCUGUGUGGAAUUAAAGUCUCUCAGAUUGCAUGUGGGAGUUACCACACUUUGGUGUACAGUGCCGCAUCAAGGAAACUCUACUCCUUUGGCCGAGGGGAGAAUGGGCGGUUGGGAAGCGGAGAAGCCCGUGACCAGUUUGUGCCUCGUCUGGUCUCAUUCUCAAUGGAAGCUAAUCCUGAUGGUAUGCUCCAGCCAGCCGUGAAAAAGAUUUUUGCAGGUGCUGAUCAAAGCUUUGCAUUGUGCUUUGCUCUCAAGGCUUCACCUGCUGCCGAAGACCAGUAUGCAUUCAUUCCUCUGAAGCGAAUUGUCACAGCUGAAGAUUCAUUCUGGAAAGCCUGGAGGACUAUGGAAAAUGCAGACCUCCAGGAGAACUUCAAAGAGCAAAUCAUUUGUGUUUUCUCCUCUGCUGAACGUCUCAAUGGAAUCUUUCUGGAAAUCAGUGCGGAUGAUCAUUUCAAAAGGAGCAGAGAAACCCCAGGCAUCGACCUAUCAGCAGCAAGUCUCUGGUUUGAAAAACUCGGGAAGAAUCCCACACUUUUGCAAGAGGUUAUUGACACAGUGAUAGAAAAUUUGAUUCCCUCCUUAAGCAAGUCUCCUGCUGGUGUGGAAGCUCUUCGAGUCUGUCUCAUUCUGCCAGAGCUCAUAGAAGUCCAGAGAGGGGGAAAAAGCUCAGCAAAACUCACAAGUCUUCUGAGUACAGCUAUUGUGUCGCUGGAAGAAAGCCAACUGCUGAUCCUUGAAUCUUGGUGGAGUGACCUCAAUGAGUUUUUCUUCAACAAACUUGUAAACUUGUACAGAAAUGCAUCUCACUGCCUUCUUCUGGAGACUUCGGCCACGCAAACAACAUUUUCUGGGGAAUUGCACAGUUGUCUCUCUAUUCUGCAGAGACUUUACAAGAUAAAUUCCUCCAGAAAACCUAAAUACCAGGAGGAGAAUUUCCACAUCUCUCCAGCGGAAGUUUUUGGUCUCAAGCCCAUCUCCUGUAAUGCUUUGUUGGAACUUAUUCCCUACCCUUGUAUCUUUACAAUGGAAAACAAAAUUGUUAUUUUCCGGAGACUCUCUCACCUGAAAAUUUUGAAUGGAAAACUCAUCGAUGAGAAUAUUAUAUUUAACAGUACUAGGAACACUGAGACAUCUACUGAUCUCAUUGCAACGUCUUCAGGGAACACUGAGACAUCUACUGGGAUCAUUGAUGCAUGUACUGGGAACACUGAAAUAUCUACUGGAACCACCGAUGUAUCUGCUGGGAACACUGAAACAUCCACUGAAGUCAUGGAAGUUCCUACUGAGAACAGUGCAACGUCUACUGGAUUUAUUGACGUAUUUGAUGAAAACAUUGAAAUGCUUAACGAGAGCGAUGUUAACUCUGAAGCUGAAAGUAUUCCUGAAUUGUAUUUACCCUUUAAACCAAAAUACACUCUACAUAUCAACAGAGAAGAAAUCCUUCAAAGCACUUUGGCACAAUUACGAUCCUACGAGACAAUAACGUUCCAUGGUACAUUAGAGGUCAUCUUUGAAGGAGAGCCAGGUAUUGAUCAAGGUGGACUUUCACAGGAGUUCUUCUCUCUUAUUACCAAAGAGUUAUACAAUCAACCAAUGAUUUUCAAGCAAUAUGAAGAAUCCAGACUCCUUUGGUUCCUGGAAUGGGACCCAGAAAUCAAGGAUGUCUUCCGGCUGCUGGGAAUUCUCUGUUGGCUCGCUCUGUACAAUGGCUUUGUGGCAGACUUUCACUUCCCAUUGGCCCUGUACAAGAAACUGCACCACGAGCGGCCAACUCUCGAUGACCUGAAGGAACUCUCACCAACACUAGGCCGAAAUCUUCAGGAACUUCUCAAUUAUGAAGGCGAUGACAUUGAGGAAACAUUUGGCCUAAAUUUCACGGUAAGGGUGGAGAUGCCUGAUGGAUCAAUAAUCGAACGUGAACUUGUUCCCAAUGGUAAAAACAUUACAGUACAGAACCAAAACAGGAAGUUAUUUGUUAACGAAUAUGUGGAUUAUGUGUUUAACACGUCAGUGGAGAAGCAUUUUCAAGCCUUCUCCAGGGGAUUCCACAGUGUUAUUCCAAUGCCGGUUGUAGAUCUGUUCCUGCCAAGUGAACUGAUGACUCUUCUCCAUGGGACCAGCGAGUACGACUGGAUCCAGCUGGAGGAGAACACAACAUAUGAUAAAGGAUACACAAAGACAGAUGAAGCCAUUGUCAAUUUCUGGCAGAUGUUCCAUGACCUAACUCUGGAAGACAAGAAGCUUUUUCUUGCUUUCCUAACAGGUUGUGACAAGGUUCCUGUUGAAGGUACGAACAUCGUCAUUGGAGAAGAUUUCAGGGAUGAUCCUGAUUCGUACCUCCCAACUGCCCACACCUGCAGCUGGUUCCUAGUCCUUCCCAGGUACAGCAGUGUGGAGGUUCUGAGAGAGAGGUUCCUCCGGGCAAUCAGAUGCUGCAAAUCAUUUGGGAUUGCAUAGGGGCCAAAAUCAGAUGGUGUUCCUUAAUGGGUUAACGACUGGAAAUCAUGUGAAAUGCAAAGCAAGACUUGGCAGGAGAUGAAAUGUUAACUGCCGAGUCACCAGCACAAGCACAUUGCAUUGUCACUGGCUAUCACUCCUCCUUUCCGGUACUGAUGAAGGGUCUCAACCCAGAAUGUCAACUAAUCACCCCCCUCCACAGAUGAUGCCUGACCCGCUGAAUUCCUCCAGCAACUUUGUGUGUUGCUCCAGAUUUCCAGAAUCAGAAUCAGGUAUUGUCAUUAGUCAAGAAAUUUGUUGUUUUGUGGCAGCAGUACUGUGCAGGCAUUCCAGCUUCUGUAGUCUCUUGUGUCUGCCACUCUUUUUGUUUUCAAGAAUGUUCAAGAUUGUUUGAUGUCAUUCCCAGUACACGAGUGUAAAGGAGAACAAAAUAAUUGUUACUCUGGAUUCGAUGCAGCACCAAAGAACACAAUAAGAUAAAUGAUGCAAUACUAAUAAAAAAGCACAAUAAAUAUAAAUACGUGUGAUAGAUUAUAUAUGUUGUAAUGCUAGGUACAGGAGUGUCCACAUAAAGUGACUUAUAGGAAAUGAUAAGGUGGUCGUGGUUGGGUUGUGGAGGAAUGGUUUGCAGGUAGAGGUGUUGAUCAGGGGUAUUAUUUGGGGAGAGUAACUUUUUGAGUAAGGUGGUCCUGACGUAGAUGCCACAUAGCCUCCUUCCUGAUGGGAAUGGGACAAGCAGUCCAUGAGAAGAUUGGGUGGGAUCCUUCAGGAUGUGAUGGGCCCUUUUCUGGCACCUUUCUAUAGAUAUUGUCUUGAUGGCAGGUAAGCUGGCCAACAGAAUUUCAGGGGCCAGAGUGAAACACACAGCCAGUCGACCACAGUUGAACUUCUAGACAGUGAAAACAAAAAAAAACUGUAAAUGCUAGAAAUCUGAAAUAGAAACUGAAAGAUUUUUCACCUAAAACAUUGAGUGUUUCUCCCUCCACAGAUUCCACUUGAUCAGCAAUCUCAGUCAGUGUUCCCUCUACUUUGCACUGACCAGUGUGCACCAGAAUCUUGUGCUGUACAGUUUUUUGCCCAGUGACAACAAGAUGUGCACACUGAAUUUUCAAGUGGAAGUAAAUCUGAAGCUAUUCUAAGGAUAAUAAACCACCAAGUCUAGCUUGUUGUUCAGUGUUGAAAAGAAAUAAAAUAACACACGUCCAGCAAACUGAAUGACUUCAAACUCGCAGAUAAAUACACGUCGCUGUUUGCGAUUGGAAGACUUUGUGUGCAGUUUAAAUUUCCCUGUGCACCAGUAGCAAAAGACAGCUUAAAGGGAACACUGAUCUCAGUUUUAUUUAUGAACACCUAGGCAAUUUUGUUUUCUCAGUGCUGUCCUUUCAUUAGAGCAGACACAGUCUAUUAGAAUGAUCCAGUAGUAACCUCAGCAAUAGUUAAAAUAAAGAACUAACCUCUACAGUUCCUCCAUUGGUCAUAAAAUGCCCACAGGUUCACAGCCUGUGAAGUGCUUUUGAAAUCCAAGUAUGGUUGAAAAGUGGGAACUCAGACAUCCAAUGUGUGCAGUCUAAUUAGUCUGCCUGUGUUUCCUAGUCCUGUUCGUCCUCUUUCAUCCUCUUUCAUCCUAGCACAGAUCCCCAGAAUAUACUUUACAGUCAACAAACAGGUUGAUAUUUUUGAUUUGUAGCUGAGCGACAAAGGUAAGGUAAUGGUGAAGCAAACAGUUUUAGGAUCAGAUCGGAAGACAAACUAAUCUUACAUUGUCACAAGUUUAUAUGAGUAUGAUUGUGUGUGUGUGUGUGUGUGUGUGUGUGUGUGUGUGUGUAAGCUCAAAUUUCAAGUUCAAGCUUAUUAGUAUGGUCAUUGUGUGACACUUCUGUGGUACUAAUGUUACCAGCCAUUUAUAAGGUGCAGAAAGUGACCAGAUCUUGCUGCUUUUGUUGUUAUAGGCACAGACUACAGGAGAAUUAGCCUUUUGCUGCAUAAGCACCUUACAUUACAAGAUGAGAACAAUGUUAAGAUAACUAACAAAUUAGCAUACCUUGUAUGUGUGUGUGUAUAGGUUUGUAUGUGUGUGUGCAUUUUUUGUUUUUAUAGCAUUGUAGACAUGUACUGCAUAGAAACAGGCCUUUUGGCCCACUACGUUACUGCAAUCCUCAUACCUAUCUAUACUAAGCUCACUUGCCUGCAUUAAUUCCAUAUCCCUCAGUACCCUGCUCGUUCAAGUACCUGUGCAAAUGCCUCUUAAAUGUUACUAUCAUGCCUGCCUUCGCCACCUCCUUCCAGAGCUCAUUCCAAAUACUCUUUCUUUGAAAAAUUUACCCCCCCAUCCCCUUUAAAUUUCUUUCCUCUCACAUUAAACCUAUGGUCUCUAGUUUUACACACCCCUAGCAUGAGUAGCAGACUCAAGCUGUCUCUGCGAUCUGUGCCUCGCACAGAUUUAUUUACCCGUAUCAUGUCUCCCCUCAGCCUUCUUCGCUCCAGAGAAAACAGACCCAGCCUAUCCAACCCACACUCGCCAAUGCAAAUUCUUUUUGAAUAUCAAUCCAGUUAGCCCCAUGCAACUUUUAUUUUGCCCCUUAUCACCGAAGAUUGAAAAUCAUUGAACAUAUUUAUCCAAUUGCUUUUUAAAGGGUGCUGAUGAAUCAGGUCAUACAUUCCAAAUCCUAACAAGUUGCUGCAAAAACAAAACUUUUCUUAUGUCAUUUCUGCUUUCAGCCUGUGCCCACCAGCUGUCUACCUUUCAGCCACUGGAUGUGUCCUAUUUACCCUCCUGUGAUUUGCACUAGUCUUUAGAUCGCUGCAAUUUCAAGUUCAGGCUUCUUAUUGUUAUAGUCAGAGUGUGGCACUUCUGUGGCACUAGCCAUACAAGGUGCGCAGAUUGACCAGGUCUUGCUGCUUUUGUUGUUAUAGGCACAGGUCCACAGGAGAAUUAGCCUUUUGCAGCAAAACCAUGGUACAUUACAAGAUGAGGACAAAAUUAAAAUAACAAACAAAUUAACAUAAUGUUUGUGUGUGUGUGUUUGUGUGUGUGUGUGCAUGCGCGCAUACAUGCAUAUAUGUGCAUGUGUGUAUGUACAUGUUGGUAUGUGUAUGUAUUAUGCUCAUGUAUGGGUAUCUGCAGUUGCUGGAGGAAUCAAUUUUGUAAAAUGUGUGUGCAGUAAAAUAUAAGAGAAUAUGGGUUGUGUUUAUGCAAUCAUACCAACACACUUCUCAUGCACUCUUUAGUGAAGCAUUAAACAAGAUAUGGCAGAGAGGGUGUGGAGGAGGAUGGACGGGCUAGUGUCACGUUUCAUCCCCAGCAGCUGCGUAACAGAGGACCCUCUGAUCUACGGGCUGUUCCCGGGGACGCACAUGGAGACCAACAUCCGGUGCUGCUGGCAGAUCAUCAACUCGGUGAAAGACGCUCUUUGGUCGGCCCGAAACUUGAUGAUCUACCAGCACAUGGAGAUGUCCGUGGGAGAAUGCUGCCGACUGGCACAUUCUCGGCUGCAGGAGUACGUGCUGAGGGACGCACUGAAACUUGGUGCAGCCACCGCAAGGGCCCGGUGGGGAAGGACCACAGUAUAGGUUUCUCCACCCGCGGGAGCGGGAGGGGUCGGGUGGCGGGGAGUAUACCCCUCAACAAUGAUGUGGUAAGGUGAACAACUGGAGUGCCACGUGGGUGGCCAUAAGUAUGGAUAUGUACAGACUAUAAUGGAAACGUAUGUAAAGGAUGGAAAGUUAUUGAAUGGUUAAUUUAUAUAAUUUUUGAAUAAAGUAUAUUUUGAAAUAAAAAAUUAAACAAGAUAUGGCAAAUCUAUUAUUAAAUACAUCAAAAUAUAUGAAAUUUGUAUUGGUCCAAUUUUUACCACUGGUGUAUUUUUAAUUUAGUUGUAUUGAAUUUGUUCAAGAAAAUAAA